AUGUCUGCUCCAGCUAGCAAGGCUGCCUCUCCGCAGGCUGGCCUACCUAUCUCUCGCACGGAUUCGCCAAUGGAUGCGAACGACUCGACUAAGGAGAGAACCAAGUCAGAAGACGUUCCUGAGCCCACAGUUACCACAGCAGCUUCAGAUGCGCCGCAGACCCUGGCACCCCCACAGAAACCAGGUGAUGACGCCAACGGGGAUUAUUUCUCGGGCAUUCAUAACACCACUCACCUAUCUUUUGAACCCAACCCUUUUGAACAGUCUUUCGGGAACACGAGCGGUGACACUCCUGGGAAAUCUCUCCUCCCCCCUGUCGCCUCAUUGACCUCACCUGCGCUACCUGGCACAUCGACAAGUGGAGGUUUCAAUUGGCCAAACUCACUCCGUGCUGGCCCGUUGAGCCCGGCCAUGCUUGCGGGCCCUGCAGGGUCAAAUGACUACUUUGACGGCAUCACUCGGGGAUUCCCUACUCCCAAUGAGUCGUCAUUGCGUACUGGCCUGACUCCUGGCGGCGGAGGCUCUAUGUUCCCAGCCCCUAGCCCAGGUCCUUCUGCGUUGCUCCAACAGCUCUCCAGCGGAGGUGCCACCCCUACGACACUAGAUUUCCAGCGAACAGCCCUUACCGCAGCAGGGAAAAGCGGUGUCCUUCCUCCCACCUCGAACCCCCAGGAUCCAAACUCGAUUAUCCAGCAGGUUGCUGCCUCAAUGGAGAAGCCUUCGUCCCAAGCCUAUCCUUUUGCUCAUGCCGAUGCUACUGACGCUGCCAAUGGCCUCUUCAUGCUAGCUAAGGGUGCCCAGGUUACCAGCAACCCAUUCCCUGGCCCAACAUCUCAACCUAUGCAGAUGUCACUUCGAAAUGGCGGCAGCAGUAGCCCACCAAUGAAUGGCAUCCUGCCCCAAACCAAUGAUCACCAGAACGGCGUAGUUCAGCCUUCUAAUGGAAACACUUCGGAUGGCCCUGAUGCCUUGAGGAUCAAUACUCGGAGCAAGGGCAAGAAAGGUGCAGCUGCCAAGGGGGGUGCGGCAAACGGGCGACGGAAGGCAGAUGAUGCGCCUAAAGGCUCAAAUAAAAAGCAGAAGGCCACAAAUGGCGGCGCUGCCGACAAGGCACAGGCUGCCGACGAUGAAUCAGUUGAUCUUGAUAAUCUCGAUAAUUUUGAUAAUACUGGUGAAGUUGAGCCUGCUGCUGCUGGCCCAUCCACCUCCAAGAAGAACAUGACUGACGAAGAAAAGAAGAAGAACUUCAAAGAGCGCAACAGGGUUGCCGCUCUCAAAUGCCGUCAACGAAAGAAACAAUGGGUAGCUACCCUCAUGAGAAAAGCAGAAGCAUUCUCCAGCGAUAAUGAGGCCUUGUCAGGUCUUCUAGAAAAAGCUCGAGAAGAAAAUGCGAUGCUAAGGUCAUUGCUUGCCGCCCAUAAAGACUGCCCCGUCGGCCAAUCCCAAGGCCUUUCCAUCCUAUUGAAUGGAGUGCAGGUUCAAAUACCGAAUAAUGUACCCAACGGUCUGCCAAACGGUCCCCAGAAUAGUCUACCUAACGGUAUUCAAAACAGCAUCCAGAAUGGUAUGCCAGUGCAGAAUGAGCUCCUGGCGCCACAAAACUGGCAAAUGCGACGAUGA